UAGCUUUUUCGCGUCGCCAUUUUAUGUAGGCUUGUUCGUUCUUUAUCUUUAGCUUAUCUAAAAAUCUGUCAAUAACAGAAAGUAUACAAAAAUAAUAUCAAUAAAUAAUAUUAGGGUAAUGUUUAAAGUAGCUUUGAGAAUGUGUUGAAUAAGGGGGCGGGGUCAGGCGGGUUAACGCGGUCAGCUGUAGGUGUCAAUCAAAAGCUCGCGGCAAGCUGGGUGAACUCGCUCGGUGUUUCGUGUCUGUGGCGCUAAAAUUAUCCACGAAACACACGCAGUCAGCUAGUUCUGUUCAACAGCGGAGUGUAUAGUAUACGGUAAUAAACAAGUGCAGCUUGUAAUUAUGACUUAUAUCUAGCCAUGUCACAGUAGUGUUUGGCAAUGUUUACAGUAAACAAACUGCAGGUACCAGAUAACCACACAUCUUAUAAACAAUAAUCCUGAUCAGUAAGCUCGACACCUUCUUGGUGAAUCUCAGUCAUUAUAGUUUGGAUCUGGUUUAUAUACAAGUUUAAAGUGAAAAUGCUGCGCGAGCCGGGAGAUGUGAGACACCAUGCCAGGGACAUGACCAGCCUGAGCUGCCACCUGCUGCACCUCUGUCUCUCACACACUGAGCAUUACACACAGCUUCCCUAGAAAGAGAGUUUGUUUGGAAUUCAGCGAGCAUGGCUCGUGUGCUGCAUUUGCUCCUUCUGUGGCUCUUGGUGAGAGUUUCAAAGUCCCAGGGUUAUGUGGGCAGUGGACUGCAUCUUGGGGAAAGCAUUGAAAGAAUUUUGCCCUCUGCUAAUCAUCGUGCCAAUGCCAGCCACAUGUUCUAUGGAAUCAUGUUUGAUGCUGGGAGCACUGGAACGAGGAUUCAUAUCUACGCCUUCAUGCAAAAGCAGACGGAUAAACUCCCCAUUUUGGAUAAUGAAAUUUUCCAGUCUGUAAAGCCUGGUUUAUCUGCCUAUGCUGACAUGCCAGAAAAAGCUGGAGACUCUGUGAGGCAGUUGCUGGAGGUUGCCAAGAGCAGAGUACCUCAUGCGGAGUGGGAACGCACCCCAGUGAUGCUGAAGGCAACAGCAGGACUGAGGAUGCUGCCACUUGCCAAAGCUCAGGCACUUCUACAGGAGGUUCAAGAUGUGUUUGAUGACUCGCCAUUCUUUGUGCCUGCUGAUAGUGUAAGCAUAAUGAAUGGAACCAGUGAAGGUGUUUUGGCAUGGGUGACUGUAAACUUUUUGACAGGUCAGCUUUUUCCCAGCACAAGGAAAUCAGUAGGUAUUUUGGAUUUGGGUGGAGGAUCAACACAAAUCACAUUUCUUCCAAAAAAAACGAAGAGAUUUCCUGCUGAUUACACAGCAAGAAUCAGUAUGUUUAAUACAACAUAUCAAUUAUACACGCACAGUUAUUCAGGGAAUGGAAUCAAAGCUGCUCAGCUUGCUGCUAUCGGUGCUUUGGGCUCAAAAGCUCCAGAAGAGAGGGUUUUUCCGAGCUCCUGCUUGCCUAAGAAUUAUAAAGGAAAAAUUAGCUUUGGAGGGUUAAUAUACAAAGUCAGCGGAAAGCCAGGAGGUUUUACUGGCUACAAGAGCUGUUACAAAGAAAUGCUAAAGGUUGUGAAAGGUGUCAUACAGGAGCCAGAUGACAUGGAAGACAGCUGGAUCUAUGCCUUCUCCUACUACUUUGACCAUGCUGUUGAGGCUGGCCUUGUUGAUGAAGUCCAUGGCGGGGCUGUACGGGUUCGGGAUUUCAGGAAGAGAGCUAAGGAGGUGUGCAACACUGUGUCCAUUUAUAAUCCUGACUAUCCCUUCCUGUGUAUGGAUCUUACAUACAUAACCUGUCUUCUGAAGUCUGGUUAUGGCUUUGAGGACGAAACUGUUCUGGAGUUGACCAAAAAGCUGCAAAAUGUGGAGGCCAGUUGGGCUUUGGGAGCCACUCUCAGUUACUUUGAACACUUUAGCAUUGUCUAAGAAAAAGCCAAGAAUCAGUGAUUGUUUUCAAUAGUUCUGUCCUUUUCUUUAUCACAUCUAGUAAAGAAAAAUUACUUGACUGUUUUAGCAAAAACAUUAUGUUCCUUGCAAUAAAAAAAUUUAUGAGUUAUUAAU